AUGGCAUGCCUCGAGCGGGGCAUGAAGCGGCAGUACUCUCAGCUUCAUGAUGAUGUCAACGAACAGAUUACCGAGGCCGAUACUGAACGAGUGAGGAGCGAGACUACGCUGCAGCGACAUGUCGAUGAGCACAUACAGCGCCUGGAAACCCAGCAACGUGCCUCGGAUGCCCGGGUGCAGAGUGAGGCGCGCUUGAGGAACCAGCUUACGGCGGAAAGGUCACGGCUUAACACCGAGCGGCAGCAAGCCGAAACGCGCAUUGAUGAGCGGCUCAACGAGCUGGAAACUUCGUUCGAGCGUAUGACUUCUCGCGAGCGCGAACGCUUUCGACAAUGGAGAGAUGCGCAUGAGGAAGUUCUCUACGAUGAACGGCGCAAGUAUCCACCAAGGGUGCACAACGAUCAGUACCAGAGGGACAUGGCGGGUCUGCUGGAGCACGAAGUUGGUGGACCACAGGCCCCAGUCAUGCAGCGCCAUAAGGCGUCUGACAGCGGAGGCUUGGGUUUUUCGGAUUCAUUUGGUGGAGAGAACGAGGGGAUAUGCGACAAGAAGGCACUAGCAGACAACAAAGGAGUGCCAGACAAUACCAAACAUGCCACGGUUGAAGACGCCGAAGGUGACAGCAAUCCUGAAUCCCACGGUGCCGCCAGCCGACUAGCUGGUACUAGCACCGCCACCACCACUACCACUACCAUGGCUAACCUUGUUCAUACGCCUAUCCUCCGCUCCCCUCUGCUCAAUUCCACAAGGAGGCUCCUCUCCGAAACUCACUGCUACUCCGUCACCACUUCACUGCGAAGUAAUUCUUUUUCAAACAUGGAGAACAGAUAA